AUGGCUCUCCGCCGCGCCAUCGGAUCCCUUGUCGUUCGCUCCCAGGCCUACUACCUCCGCCGCGCCGCCCCCUCGCCUCCGCCGUCCCCCAGCCGCCCGAUCAUCCCCUACCGGCCCUUCGCCGCUCCGCCUCAGCACGCCAAAAAGGUCACCAAGGACAACGACGACGACGCCGGGCCCAGAAUCAACAAUGACAUCACCGCUCCCUUCCUCAGGCUCGUCACCGAUGCAGGGCAUAGCGUCGUCCCCAGGCAUGAGGCUCUUCAGCUCGCUGCCAGGAUGAGCUUGGACUUGGUUGAGGUCCACAGAAAAACAGACCCUCCUGUUUGCAAGAUCAUGGACUUUCACAAAGAGAAGUAUAACAAAGAUGUCAAGGAGAAAGAACGCUUAAAAACCAAGUCUGCUAUUGUCUUGCGUGGUGGAGAUAACAAAGAAGUGCGGUUUAAGGCGAAAACAGAAAUUAAAGACUUGAAGGUGAAAGCAGAUGCAAUUACCAGGCUAAUGGAGCGUGGUUACAGGGUGAAGUGCAUGGCAAUGCCCGCAGGUAAUGAAGCAGAAGAUUUAGGCGGACCGCUAUCUCGGCUGUUAGGACUUAUACAAGAUGUCUGUAUUGUGGAAAGUGGGCCACAUUUGGACUCCAAGCAUGCAUAUGUUAUUGUCAGGCAUGUGAAGUUUGCAACCAAGAAAGGCGGAAAGAAAGCUAGCAAGGCCAUGGAAGACGCGGCCAAAGGCACCCCCUACAACACUGCCUCUGAAUCACCAGCCACUGCUACUGAUAGUGGGGACAAGACAAGUGAACAUGGUUUGGAAGUUAAGGAUGUUGACAAAACGCCAGCCUAUCUCUCUCGUGAAUCUUUGGCGCAAAAAGAAAGGCAAGACAGAGGCGUUGGAGGCAGCAACCGCGAUAACAUGGACAACGUGAGUGCUGGAGGAAACAGGAUUAACCCUAGUCAGGGGGGAUCACAAUCAUCCAAAAGUGGAAUUGGUUCUAGGAAUGGAAAUUAUCACAUGGAAAAGCAAGAGAGGACUAAUCAGGAUAUGGUACCUGAGCAAACCAACAGGUAUGCCAGCCGUAGAAAUCAGGUGGGAGGCGACAACCAAGGCAGACCCCCGCAGGACCCGAGAAGAAAUGAGAAUGAAGGCCGCAACCGUUUCAACGACAAUCGAAGGCCUUUGGAACAGCCUAGCCCGCCACCGCCACCGCCAAGGUUCAGCCAAGGCAGACCCCCACAGGACCCGAGAAGAAACGAAAAUGAAGCCCGUCACCGGUUCAACGACAAGCAGAGGCCUUUGGAACAGCCUAGCCCGCCAUCGCCAAGGUUGAGCCAAGGCCGACCCCCACAGGACCCGAGAAGAAACGAUAGAGGAAGCCAUGUCCCAUCGAAUAACAACCAGGUGCCGCGAUUCCAACAAUCGAAUCAGAACAGUGGACCACUAGCAGGCCGGGACGCAGGGAGUCCGACUCCGACAGCCAGGAGUUUGGGCGUCUUCAGCAGCCGAACGCCAGCCACAACAUCCGAGCUGAAGAAGGCAGAUGGCGCUCCCGCUGCUGGUAAGCCUUCCGACCCCGGUCCGACCAAAAGCUUUGGAAUAUUUAGUACUCCCAGAAAGUGA